CAGCCCCAAGACCACCUUUGAUCACCUUCAGACAAGCUAUGCAUGCCAGACGUCCCCCUGGCCUACUGACCCCGGCGCUGCCUCUCGCCUCCUCCAUCCUGAUGCUGCUCAUGAGCAGCCUGUGGCUGCUGGGAGCCGGCCCCAGCCUUGUCCUGGCCCCAGAGCUGCUGCUGGACCCUUGGCAGGCGCACCGGCUGCUGACACAUGCCCUGGGCCACAAGGCCCUCCCAGGGCUGCUGCUGAGCCUGCUGCUCCUGCCCACGCUGGGCUGGCGGCAGGAGUGCCACCUGGGCACACUGCGGUUCCUGCAUGCCUCCACCCUCCUUGCCCUGGCCUCCGGGCUGAUGGCUGUGCUGCUGGCAGGCCUCGGGGUGUCCAGUGCAGCCGGGGGCUGUGGAUACAUGCCUGUCCACCUGGCCAUGCUGGCGGGGCAGGGUUACAACCCUAGAUGGCCCCGUGGGGCACUGCCACCAUGGCUCCUGCCGUGGCUGCUGCUCGCCCUGACACCACUGCUCAGCUCCGAGCCGCCCUUCCUGCAGCUCUUCUGCGGCCUCCUGGCUGGCCUGGCCUACGCGGCUGGGGCCUUCCGGUGGCUGGAGAUCUCUGAGCAGCGGCUGCAGGCACUGCAGGAGGGUGUCCUGUGCAGGGCCCUGGUGGGGUGCUGGCCGCUCCAGCUCCUUCCCACCCCAGGCAGCCUGGCUGAGCUGCCUGUCACCCAUCCUGCUGGAGUGAGGCCGCCCACCCCUGGACCUCCUUACAUGGCCUCCCCUAGCCUCUGGCCCCUCAGCGAAGGCUCAGCCCUGCUCCCGCCAGGCCUGGGGCCUGUGCAGCCGCUCUGGGAGGGCUCCUCAGAGGUGGGACUGGCCUGGUCUGGGCCCAGCUUCCCCCCAGGGACCCCGCUGUGGGCAGCCCUAGACGAGCAGAUGCUGCAGAAGGGGAUCCAGGCCUCGCUCCUUGAGGGGCCAGUCCAGGGUCCCGAGAGCCCACUCCGGCUGUCUAAGUCCUCCGUCUCCUCCCUGCGGCUGCAGCAACUGGAGCGCAUGGGCUUCCCCACGGAGCAGGCGGUGGUGGCCCUGGCAGCCACAGGCCGUGUGGAGAGUGCUGUGUCACUGCUGGUCGGUGGAGAGGUGGGCACCGAGGCGCUGGUGACUCAGGGGAGGGGUGGGCCCACCCACCCUGAGGGUCCUGGGCCCCCCUAGCACAGGCAG